CGAUCGAUUUCAUGGUAAUCAACAUGUAUACACAUCUUUCUGGAGGACGAGCCAACAUACAGCUGCUGCAGGAAGCUGCUGUGCGUGAAUUUGUUAAGAUUCUGGACCGGUGCGAAGGAACGAAGGCUAUCAUAUGGGAUGAGUCAUUGGGUGGACCGGUCGGUUUGGUGGCACGAUACACCUUUCUUAAGGAGCACCAUGUAACCAAGAUGUAUCCGCUACGUUCGGAGGCAUGGACGGAUAUCGAUGUGAAGAACAUUAUCUUCAUAACCCGACCACACCAAACGCUGAUGGAUUACAUUGCCAACAACAUACACGAGGAGGAACGCAAGCGUAAAGUGUCUCGUAAGGAGUACUUUUUGUACUUCCUACCCAAAAAAUCUUUCCUCUGCGAAAAACGCCUUCAAAUCAAGGGAGUGCAUGGCAGCCUUUCCUACAUCGGUGAGUUUCGCUGCGAAUUUUUCCCAUUCGACAAUGAUCUGCUUUCCAUGGAGUUGAAAGAUGCCUACCGGGAGAUCUACAUCGAGGGCGAUACGAGUUCGCUCCACCAGUCCGCUUGUGCGCUUGUUGCGCUACAGAAACUGUACGGACGCAUUCCAAAGGUUUACGGCAUUGGGAGUUAUGCGCAGCGUGUUUGGGAAAUUACAAAAGCCCUUACCGAGGAGGAUGGACACGCAAUGAACAAUGAGAAGGGUGUGAUCGACCAGAUGCUUAUUAUCGAUCGUUCAACCGACUUGAUGAGUGUGUUGGCAACGCAACUCACCUAUGAAGGGCUGAUAGAUGAGAUCUUCGGCAUCAACAAUACGACCGUUAAUUUACCGGCCGAAAAGUUCAACACAGGCGAGGGACUUUCAACGGAUAGAAACACCGAGAAAAGUCAAUUCAUACUGAACUCGAAGGAACAAUUGUACACGGAGCUGAGGGACAAAAACUUCAAUGCGGUCGGUGCGGUUCUAUCGCGCAUGGCCAAAUCUAUUCGAUCGCGUGCGAAUGAAAACCAUGGCGAGAAAUCAAUUCAGGAGCUGAAAAAGUUCGUCGAAAGUUUACCACACAUCAAAUCCAACGAACAAUCGCUUGCGACUCAUACCACGAUCGCUGAGCUAGUGCAGGAUGUGAUCUCUUCGCAUGCAUUCCUGGACGUGCUGGGAUGUGAGCAGGAAUUCUUGCUCUGCUCGGACGUAGACAAACCGAACAGCUUCAUCGAGGAUAUGAUUGCAAAUGAAGCACCGAUACGAAAUGUUCUUCGAUUGAUUUGCAUGCAAUCGAUUGCUGGCUCUGGCCUCAAGCCAAAAGUAUUGGAUUACUACAAACGUGAGCUGGUGCAGGUGUAUGGAUUGAAGACGCUUCUUACACUGGGUAAUCUUGAAAAGGCGGGUCUUCUACGACCGCAGACCGGUUCCCGCACCUAUCAUGUGCUGCGCAAAACUCUCAAUCUUACCGCCGAAACUCCCGAAGAAGUGUCACCGAAGGACAUUACGUACGUGCACAGUAUCUAUGCCCCGCUAUCGGUGCGUAUCGUUGAACAGCAUCUAAAACCGAACGGAUGGCAACUGUUGACGGAAAAGCUUUCCUCCCUACCGGGACCAACGUUUGAAGAUUUUCAAGCAUCACCCAACUUGAGCAGUCGGCGUGGUUCCUUCACAAGCGAAAUGUCUCAAUCCGAUAUCCCACGGGUGAUUGUGGUAUUUUUCAUCGGUGGAUGCACGUUUGCGGAAAUUUCGGCCCUACGAUUCCUCGCCCAACAGGAUGAGAAUAAUGUCGAGUUUUUAAUCUGUACGACGAAGCUUAUCAAUAAGAAUACGUUCCUUGAUUCGUUCAUUGAAGCCUAG